AGGAAGGAAAACAAAAUGGCGAACAGGGAUAGACCGAAGAAAGAGUUCGGUGGUGUUUUGGGCAUGUUACAAGUUGUUUUCCCACAGCAAAAGCUUGUAGUCGAUAAAAAGACAAUAGAAAAAUCAUGGAAGUUAAUGGACAAGGUUGUGAAAUCGUGCCAACACCCGAGAAUGAACCUAAGAAACAGUCCUCCAUUCAUUUUGGAUAUCUUACCUGACACUUAUCAACACUUGCGUUUAGUGGCUAACCGUUAUGACGAUAAAAUAAACACAUUAAACGAGAAUGAAUAUUUUAGAAUAUUUAUUGAAAAUUUAAUGAACAAAUGCAAAAAUACAAUCAAGCUUUUUAAGGAAGGAAAGGAGAAAAUGUUUGAUGAAAAUUCACAUUACAGAAGAAAUUUGACAAAACUGUCACUUGUCUUUUCACACAUGCUUGCAGAAUUGAAGGCCAUUUAUCCUAAUGGCACAUAUGCAGGCGACACAUUUAGAAUAACUAAAGCUGAUGCUGCUGAUUGGUGGAAGGAUUCAUUUGGAAAUAAAACGAUUGUUUCAUGGAAGAUAUUUAGACAGACACUUCAUGAGUGCCAUCCUAUCAGUUCUCCAUUGGAGGCUAUGGCUCUUAAAUCGACUAUAGAUUUGACCUGUAAUGACUUUAUAUCAAUAUUUGAAUUUGAUGUGUUCUCAAGAUUAUUCCAGCCAUGGAUCAAUUUACUACGGAACUGGAAUGUUUUGGCAGUGACGCAUCCUGGUUAUGUAGCUUUCCUAACAUAUGAUGAAGUCAAGGCUAGACUUCAGAAAUAUGUCGGCAAACCUGGAAGUUAUGUGUUCAGAUUAAGCUGUACCAGAUUAGGACAGUGGGCUAUAGGAUAUGUAACAGCAGAAGGACAGAUACUGCAGACGAUACCACAGAAUAAAUCCCUUUGUCAGGCAUUACUGGAUGGCCAGAGAGAGGGAUUUUUUAAAUAUCCAGAUGGCAGAAGUAUAAACCCAGACUUAAGUUAUUUAGUUCAGGAUUCUCAGGAGGAUCAUAUAAAAGUUACCCAGGAGCAGUACGAACUUUACUGUGAAAUGGGAUCAACAUUUCAGUUAUGUAAAAUAUGUGCAGAAAAUGACAAAGACAUUAAGAUUGAACCAUGUGGUCAUCUAUUAUGUACACCGUGCUUAACACAAUGGCAGGACUCUGAUGGUCAGGGAUGUCCCUUCUGCAGGUGUGAAAUCAAAGGUACAGAGCAGGUGAUUGUUGAUCCGUUUAAUCCACAUCCACAGAAACGGUCACAUAUGAUGAUAGUCACACAUGACGAUGAUGAUGACGAUGACCAUGUAGGAAUGAGUAGUUCACAGGCCCAAGGGACAAGUAGUCCAGUAUCAUCUGGAGUUAGUUCAGGAACUAAUAGUCCACAGGCCUCUGGGUUAAGCCCUACAACAGCUAGUGGAGGGGUUAGCCUUUCACAUGGGAUGAGAGAAAGAUCCUCACCCUUUGAUUCUCCUGGAGUAGGGAAGAGAGACUUACCCCCACCACCACCGCCAGUGCCACCUAGACGUUCCUCACCAGUUCCAUCACCUACAGUUUCACCAACAUCAUCACCCAGACCACCAUGGCCCGAGGCCAUCAGUCGGAGACAGCUGCCUCCAACACCACCUUCUGAAGAUAAAAAUAUUAUACCUCAGCCUACCAAUAAAACAGUAUGUACAGAUCCUGACGGGUCAGGGCCAAGGCCACCAGGAAUAUCUUACGCUGAAUUACGUUACGAUGUCCCAGCAUCCUCAUCAUCAUCAUCACAUCCAAACACAGCAAAUAAUUGUUUAUAUCUGUCUCAGCCUGAAACAGACAGCACAAUGAUGGACGAAUCACAGCCAGAUGAAUAUUCAGUGCCAAAGGGAGGGACUAUUUUCUCCCUCACAGGUAAAACACCAGCACACAGGGUACCAACUGAUUACGACCUUCCACCAUUACCUGCCCCUAGGAAAAACCUACCAGGAGAUCCAUACAAAAAGGGAGAUAAUUCAGAUAUACCUUUACCUGUACGAAAUCGUGAUAGCAGGGAAAGAUUAAAAGAAAAUUGUGAUAGUAAUAAAGAAAAUAGUGUUGAUGAACAAUCAGUGGACCAUUUAGUACAGAAAGGUUAUGACCGGUUACGAGUGGUUGAUGCACUUAGAGUAGCCAGAAAUAAUUUACGAAUGGCAGAAGACAUUUUGGAGACAUUUGUUAGAAAUUAACACCCCUUAUAUGAUUUCUUCCGUUUAUAAUUAUGAUUUGUCACAGACACUUUUUGUUUUGUUUUUCCAUAUAUUUGUUUUCAAUCAAAUAGUUUCCAAGACCCAUAUUUUUCAUAUUUUGAAAAUAUUUUGAUAGGUUUAUUACAUGUAAUACACAUCUGUAUAGAUUAAAAAGAACACCAAAUUUUUAUAAAACAAUUCAUAGCUGGUUAUAGAUAUUUAUAUAAGUAUUCUUUCAGAUGUUUACACUAGUUUUCUUUGACAUGUUUACCCAAAUAUUUUGUCAAAUUCAAAACUGUGGUGUGACAACAGUGCUUCUGUGCAGGAAUCCCAAUAGGAUCAUAUUUCCAGGAUAAGUCUGAUGUGUCCAACUAGAAUAUCACUGAAAGGGACUUUGUUGGGUUCUUUUUCACAUGAUGAAGAAAAAAUUUCUGUUAUAAUUUUUUCUUGGACUAUUUUCCCAAACGCAGGCUCAUUUUUUACGGCCAUUAGAAUGAAAUGAAGAGUAUUUACUGUAAAAAAAGCUCUAGUUGAAAUAUCCUGUCAUCAAAAAAGUUGCUAGUAAUGGUUACUUGGAUGGCAAGAUGGCUGAGGUUUACCUGAAAAUGUACAAAUAUACUAGAACAGGACAUCAAUCUAUCUUUUUGGAGUUGUUUCCCAUAUUCAGCUGGAUUGCGACUUACUCAUGAUUUUACAGAAUCAUGUUGUUUACAUAGCAACCAACCAGUGUAUCCAUGUUCAAAGUAUUGAAAUGAAGAAUCUAAUAGGUUUGAAAUAAAUAAAAAAUAAUUUUUAUCCAAAGUUAAUAUUGAGAAUAUAUAUGAAAAAGAAUGUGAAAAAGAACUAUAGAAACUAGGAAAUUUUCAUAUGUUUGAUAAAAAUUUACACAUAUUUCACAUAUUACAUUUUUGUUUUCAUUUUUACCAUGAAAAGAAAACGAGCUUUAUAAGGCAAAACAUGCUUUUACUAUGUUAUUUGUAUGUUAUUGGAAAAUGAUGGAUAAAUCAUGGACUAAAGUCCACUGACAUUUCACCCUUCAAAGUAAAGAAAAUGUAUCUCUGUAUCAAACUCAAUCAUUUUCAUUAUAUUUUGUGUUAAAAUUUCUUACUUUAAACUCCUGAUGGUUGCCAGGAAUGGCUUGGAUGUCUAGUUUCAAAUGAAAAGAAGAUGUAUGGCUUGCUAACAUUUUUUGGAAACCAUGUUACCACUGUAUAAUAAUGAGUUACAUCUAGCAUCUUGAGAGUAUGUUUACAAGUCAAGGGCACAUCUAUGGUCCCUAACUUUGUAUUUUUUUUUUAAAGUGGGCAUAAUUUGCCACAAAGUUCAGUCUCAAAGGAAAGUAAUGUUCCUGAUAUCAGUGCAAUAAAUCAACUUAUCUUUCAUCAACCACUCGUAUAUAGAUAUGUUAUUUAUUUGAUAAGUUUCUUGUCUUGUUUGCUGUGUACAUAUAAAAUUAACAAAAUUAUUCAGAAUAUUAAGAAUUUUAGAUCUUCAUUGAUGUGACCAUAAACUAUAUAUUCUCCUUGACUUGCUAGUGGGUGAUUGUCAAGAAGUUGAAAAUCAGUUUUCACAUAUGAAUUUUUUUUUAGCUUAUUAUUUCACAACUCUAGGAAUGGGGCUAUAUUGCAAUCUCACUGUCUGUCAGUCCGUUUGUGCAACAAACAACUUUGUCAUACAUUUUUCCAGGGAUGACUUAAAACAUGUAAGCACUUUUUCGGACACCUACUUUCUGUUUCCCACUAAUAAUAUCGAAUCCACAGUAUUCUGGUCCUAUAUCUUUCUUUAAAAUCUUAUUCAGGGCCAAUAACUUUGGUACUGAGAGUUUAAAAUCUUUAUUUGUUUAUUUAUUUUUACAUUUUUCCUUGUACAUAAAUGUGACAAAUUCACUGAAAAUACUUUUCUCCAGAGCAUAUUUCCAAUACUCAAGGUUACUUUCACAACAGCAAAUUGAAGUAGGUAAUUUUAGAUAUUUUAAAUACGAAAAGAAAGUGACAAUAUCUUAUCAGCUACCUUGUAAUCGUAAAAUCUGCUGGAAGAAAUCAGAUUUAUACAUGUGCUCUUGUGUCCCUAUUUGGGAAGGAAUUUUUGUUGUAGUUAUAUGGUUAUUAAAAACGCAAAAUUCUAUUGGUUUAUGUCCUGUUGUGUGAUAUUCUGUUAAAAUUACUAUAUUUAAAAAAAUCGUAUUGAUUCAGCUUCAUUAUCAAUAUUGCACGUUUUCCCCUAUUACAUAAUUAUUAGUGUCUUUUGUAGGAGAUAGAUUGAGGUUUGAAAGACAUUUGUCCAUGAAACAAUUUCUCAUUUCGAUACAACAAAAGUCCAUAAUUGUAUAUUACAUGUUUUUGCAAUUGAUUGGAUAUAACAGUUAUAUUCUGAUAACUUAAUGUACAAUGUAUAUCUACCAAAUCUAUUUUUGAUGCAGGCAAAUUUUAAAACAGAAAACUUGUCUCCAAAUUAGCAAGUUGUACAGCUUUUUCUAAGGUGAGGUAGAAAUGAUUUUGAUUUACUAAGCGCUUUGGGUCAGAGGAAGAAAUUCAAAUUGUCUCCCAUUAACUAGGUGGUGAAAGGUAACAUGUUUGGGUUUUUCAUUCAUAGACAUCAAAACAUUUUUUCCUUUGAAUUUGUGUUAAGAAUACUUACAUUAAUUUUCAAAAUAAUUUCCAUAAAAACCAAAUGACAGUUAGUUUUCUCAUGUCAGAACCUUUUAUAGCUGACUAUACAUAUGGGUUUUUCUCAUUGUUGAAGGCAUCCACAUCAUUUUAACUCGGGUGGAUAGUUGCCUCAUUGGCAAUCAAACCAUUUCUCUUUAUUUUUUACUGUUGACAGGUGUCAUUUAUAAUGCAUUGUUUAUAUUGAAUCAUCAUUAUAUGUAAUCUAUACAAAAUGCCAUACAGUAUUGAUAAAAUACUUUAUGAUAGUAUUCUUAUUUUAAUGAAACAUGAUUUUGUUCGAAGAAAUUAUACGGUUACUGCUUCAAUCAAAUGGUCAGUCAGGAAUGUACUAUUCUUGCCAUGUUAUUCAAAUAUAUCAAUUUAUUUAUAAGCUACAAAUUUUAAAGUCUGCCAUUAAAAAAUAUAUGUUAUGUUCAGUAUAUUAAAAAGUAGUUGAGUAUUAAGUAAAGGUUUUUGAUAUUCAUGAGGGGCCUGAUGGGGGGUCUCAUCACGAUUCACGAGUUGAUUUUUUUGUCAAUCACGAUUCACAGAAAAUAAAUUUCCAUGAUCACGGAUCAAGAAAAUAUAAAAAGAGUAAUAAAUCUGUAGAAAAACGGAUCACGAUAGCGAAAAUGCGCCGAUCACGAAGAACGAAAAUAACCCAUCAGGCCCCUCAUUCAUCACCUUCAUCAGCCACAAACAUAAAUUUUCAAUCUUUCCUACUACUCUGUCUAAAAAAUAACAUGUUCUCAUGAAAGAUGAAUGGUUGGAGCCUUAUGACCAAUGGAAACUUUCCGGAUUUGAAUUGCCAGAUUUUAGUAUUUUCCUAUGUUUUUUUUUAUGCUCAACAAUCGUAUGGUUAAAAGUGUGACUGACUGUUGAUUGUGCCAUUUGAUAUUCAUUCAUUUUUUCUAUAAAAAAGCCAGACUUUAAAUUUUCACAAGAACAUUAAUGUCAAUUUUAUGUAUUUAUUUUCUUUAAUCAUAUUGAAUUUAAAUAGAAUGAAUAAUCUUUAUUUGAAGAAGAUAACCUUAUUAGUUGAAGUUAUCUUCCUGAGAGUCCUCAAAUAAUGAUAAUAAAUUAAAAGUUACAAAUUAGAUUUAGAACUUUUUACAACUGAAAGGGAUUAUCCUCUUUAAUGAAAUGGUAUGGGCAUUGAAUCUCAAAUAUGAACAUCAGACUUGUUAAUUUUGAUAGAUAAAUACAAAAUACAGAGGUGCUGGACCAUAGAUGAUAAAUCCUGGAUAGCUACCUGUUUCAGAAUAUAUUCAGAUACAUUAAGACAGUCAACUUAAUUAGAAUUAUUCGAUUGAUAGAUUGUUGUUUGUUUAACCUCCAUUUUAAAGAUAAUUAUUAGGAUAUUUUGAUAAUGUAUGGUAUCUUGAUAAUGUAUGGUAUCUUGAUAAUGUAUGGUAUCUUGAUAAUAUAUGGUAUCUUUAUAAUUAUGUUAUGAUUUUCCAUUUAUAUUUUUCUGAUGAAAUCCAAAUUUGGACAUAUUUGUUAUAAAAUAUACCAAAUAAACAUUAAAGGCGGACACUCUCCAAAUUUGGACAUAUUUGUUAUUAAAUAUGCCAGAUAAACAUUUAAGGUUGACAUAAGUAGGCAGAAAUUUUUCCAGAUAUUUCAAUACAUUUUCUGGACCUACUAAUUUUCUGGUUUUUUAUAAGCAUGACCGCUAGUAAUAUUUUUAUUUUUACCUUGUUAUUGAAGAUAAAGGAUGAAGAAAAAUGCUAAUGUAUCUAAUAGAAAAACAAAAGAUAUGGGUUAUCCAUCCAUGACACAAAAUCAGUAAAUGCACAACAACAAAAAAACCCACAAAAAGUAAAGGAACAGCGCUUUUAUUGCUGUUCAUCUCAAAUUCACAGUGAGACCUCAACACGAAGCAAAAAAACUCUCAUCUCACUGCAAGUUUAAGACAGCCCCUAGCACCGCCUUAAGCGGAAUUCUAGACCAUGAUUGGACACAUGAGUAUGACAUGAUUACAUUGUAAAAAAUACCUAGAUAGUCUGUGCAAAGCAAACAUGACUUCAACAAAAAUUUGGAAACGCUGUUUAUCUGAUUAAUUUCUUUGAAGGACUCAACUAGUUUUAACAGUUUUUCCUAGUCCCAAAUAUUUGAUUUAGAAAAAAAAAAAAUUCUAGUUUGAUUUUUAUGUCUCAAAAUUAAAAAUAUUGGACUACCGGUAAUCUUGACUGGUCUGGAUACUAUAAAACACACAACACAAAAUUGUUUUUCAAAAAGUUGUCUUAUUUCAACUAUUUGUCUUCAAUUUGCAGGUUAUAAAUUAACCCGUUCUCAAUUCUUGAUAGAUAGCAACCAUGCUCACAAGGUGUUACAGAUAGAAAGGUGGAAAUUUUUUCCAAGAAAAUAAGGCUAUGAAUGUUUAUUUUAUUAUUUUUUUUUGUCAAAAUAGUGCUCUGCCAUUAAUUUAUGAGCAGGUCCGCUUGUAUAUUAUCAUAAACUUCUUUAUUGCAUUUUAAAUGCUACUUGUAUACUGUAAAUAUGUAAAUUGUAAAAUAUAAUUUAUAACAAAUUACUAGCGCUAAUUUUUCUUGUUUUAUUAUAUAAAAGUUGUACUUUGAA